CUCAGUAGCUUUUGGCGAGCAUCGGGACGUGGAAGCAACCGACGACGAAGCGAAAGACCAUGCUCUUUGCAACAACGAUACCAAAGCUGGUGCUUUUUGCGGCAGCUUUUGUUGGCGCCCAAGUACUGGACGUACCUGGAAAUACUGACGUGGCGCAAGUGCCCAAGGCGAUGCAUCGGCGCUUGACGCUACAGACCAAUCCUCCGAGCGACCCGUUUCUCAUGGACAAUCGAUUCCUGGGGGAUGUGUCGGUCGAGAGCCACCCGAUCUUUGGCGACGACCGUCGGCACUGGCGGCGCCCCAUCGGAGCCACGUGGAUCCCGACGGCAACCGACGCCUCGGCAUUCGUGGACCCUGGCGACGUCUUGUACAUCAACUCGCUCGAGCUUCGCUCUGUCGUGGCGGUCAAUCGCUCGGGCAUUCAGCGCGCUCUCUUCUCAGCGUCCGAAGGUGGUGCGCCGCCGAUUGCGAGUGUUAACGCGCUCGGUCUUGAAGUGCAUUCGACGGAUGACACGGCGGGAACGCACACAACCGUGCGUCUCGUGCAUUACUCGACGGCCAAUGCAUCGAGUCUGGUGCGGGUGCCCGGGACGGCCACAGUGACGCAAGGCAGCAACCUCGUGAGCACAUCUACGAACCUCGCGUCCGUUCUAUCGGCCAACAUGUACAUCCGCCUUGCUGGUGCGACUUACAUUGUGACCGCACCGCCGUCGGUGUCCUCGAUCGUUCUCGACCGUCCGUUCGCGGGUCCAUCGUACCCUGGCAUUCCGAUCUAUAUUGAAAGUCUCGGUGCCGGUAUCGAGCUCAAGGCAGUUGGUGCCGACAACGUGACAGCUGCAGCGGGUAUUGAAGCUGUGUUUGGAUCCGAUGCGCCGACGCUACGGCUCGCGACGGCGUCGUCAAACGAUACGAACGGCGGCCUCACGACGCGCGUCCACGUUUCGGUGAAAGGCGUGACUCUCGUGGGCGGCGCCAACACGAUUGCAACUGAAUUCGGAGGGCUCUCUCUAAAAGCGGCGAGCUUUGUCUCGGUCCAAGCGGGGACGGACGAUGCGAGUAGCGUUGGCGGUGACGUCGCCAUGAACGCCGGAAUCAAAACGCGGCAUCAGCGUCGGGAACUCUUUCGGUGA